CUGUCUGCCGUGGAGGGGACGCAUUCCCACCCCCGCCCCCCAGCAAUUCCGGCCUUUCCAGAUUGCUGUGACCCGGGUUCAAGCGCCCUUAACGCCACUGACCAGCGCCAGGUCUGCACGCGGAGUCCCGCCCCUGGAUUCGAGGACCCGCUUGGAUGCUUCGCCUCCGAGCGCCCUCGGAAGAUGGGCGGGCAGCCGCGCGCGUAAAGACGCAUUGGGGUGACCAGUCUCCAAGACAGACCCGGAGGGCUCACCUGGGGCUUCUGCAGCGGAGGAAAUGGCUUCCAGUCCGCUGCCGGGGCCCAACGACAUCCUACUGGCCUCCCCGUCCAGCGCCUUCCAGCCAGAGGCGUUGAGCCAGCCGCGGCCUAGCCACGCCAGCCUCAAACCCAACCAGGUGGGCCAAGUGAUCCUCUAUGGCAUUCCCAUCGUGUCACUGGUGAUCGAUGGGCAGGAGCGGCUGUGCCUGGCGCAGAUCUCCAACACGCUGCUCAAGAACUUCAGCUACAACGAGAUCCACAACCGGCGCGUGGCGCUGGGCAUCACGUGCGUGCAGUGCACCCCAGUGCAGCUGGAGAUCCUGCGACGGGCCGGGGCCAUGCCCAUCUCCUCCCGUCGCUGCGGGAUGAUCACCAAGCGCGAGGCCGAGCGCCUGUGCAAGUCGUUCCUGGGCGAGAACCGGCCGCCCAAGCUGCCCGACAACUUCGCCUUCGACGUGUCGCACGAGUGCGCCUGGGGCUGCCGCGGCAGCUUCAUCCCCGCCCGCUACAACAGCUCCCGCGCCAAGUGCAUCAAAUGCAGCUACUGCAACAUGUAUUUCUCGCCCAACAAGUUCAUCUUCCACUCCCACCGCACGCCCGACGCCAAGUACACGCAGCCCGAUGCGGCCAACUUCAACUCGUGGCGCCGCCACCUCAAGCUCACCGACAAGAGCCCCCAGGACGAGCUGGUGUUCGCCUGGGAAGACGUCAAGGCCAUGUUCAAUGGAGGCAGCCGCAAGCGCGCGCUGCCCCAGCCCGGUGCGCACCCCGCCUGCCACCCGCUCAGCUCGGUCAAGGCCGCCGCAGUGGCAGCUGCAGCCGCGGUGGCCGGGAGCGGGGCGUUGCUGGGCCCGCACCUGCUGGGGGCGCCCCCUCCGCCCCCGCCGCCCCCGCCCCUGGCCGAGCUGGCGGGCGCCCAGCACGCCCACCACAAGCGGCCCCGCUUCGACGACGACGACGACUCCCUGCAGGAGGCGGCCGUGGUGGCCGCAGCCAGCCUCUCGGCCGCCGCCGCCAGCCUCUCGGUGGCCGCAGCCUCCGGGGGCGCGGGGACGGGUGGGGGCGGCUCAGGGGGCGGCUGCGUGGCCAGCGUGGGUGUGGGCGCGGGCGCCGGCGCUGGGGCCGGUGCCAAAGGGCCGCGCAGCUACCCGGUCAUCCCGGUGCCCAGCAAGGGCUCGUUCGGGGGCGUCCUGCAGAAGUUCCCGGGCUGCGGGGGGCUUUUCCCGCACCCUUACACCUUCCCGGCCGCCGCGGCCGCCUUCGGCUUGUGCCACAAGAAGGAGGACGCGGGCGGCGCGGCCGAGGGCCUGGGGGGCGCAGGAGGCGCGGGUUCGGGGCCCAAGACCGGGCUGUCCGGCCUGUUCUGGCCCGCGGGCCGCAAGGACGCAUUCUACCCGCCCUUCUGCAUGUUCUGGCCUCCGCGGACACCCGGCGGGCUCCCGGUGCCCACCUACCUGCAGCCCCCGCCGCAGCCGCCCUCCGCCCUAGGGUGCGCCCUGGGCGACAGCCCGGCCCUGCUUCGCCAGGCCUUCUUGGACCUGGCCGAACCCGGUGGUGCGGGAGGCAGCGCGGACACCGCACCCCCGCCCGGCCAACACCCGCCGGUGGUGGCCAAUGGCCCCGGCCCGGGCCCGCCGCCUCCCUCGGGGGGUGCUGGCAGCCGCGACACGCUGUUUGAGUCGCCCCCAGGCGGUAGCGGCGGGGACUGCAGCGCGGGCUCCACGCCUCCCGCCGACCCCAGCGCCGUGUCCGGGCCUGGGGGGCCAGCGGCCGCGGGGGGCUCCCGGGUGCCCGCGCCCCACCACCCGCAUCUGCUGGAGGGGCGCAAGGCGGGCGGGGCCAGUUACCACCACUCGAGCGCCUUCCGGCCAGUGGGCGGCAAGGACGACGCGGAGAGCUUGGCCAAGCUGCAUGGUGCAUCGGCCCCCGCGCACGCCUCGCACCACCACCACCACCCCCAGCACCACCACCACCACCACCACCCCCCGCAGCCGCCGUCCCCGCUGCUGCUGCUGCCACCGCCCCCGCAGCCGGAGGAACCCGGCUCCGAGCGCCACCACCCCGCCCCGCCGCCACCGCCACCCCCGCUGGCCCCGCAGCCGCACUCCCGGGGCCUCCUGUCCCCAGGGGGCACCAGCUGCAGCUACCCCAGCGAGGACAGCUCCGAGGACGAGGAUGACGAGGAAGAGGAGCAGGAGGUGGACGUGGAGAGCCACAAGCCCCCCGAGGGUGAGGACGAAGAGGAGGAGGAAGGCCGAGGCCCCGAGGAAGACGAGGAGGAAGACGAGGAGACGCGCGCCCUGCUGGGGGACCCACUGGUCGGGCCCGGCCGCUUUCUGCAGGGCCGGGGGCUGGCGGAGAAGGGGAGCAGCCGGGACCGCGCCGGGCCGGGCGCCGCGGGCGCCUUGCCCCUCGCCCUCAACGCCUCCAGGCUGCUGCAGGAAGACCCGAAACUGGGGGACCCCGGGGGUUCGGACCUGCCCCCGCCGCCACCCCCGCCCCUGGCCUCCCAGAAAGCGAGCAGCAGCCCCAGCAGCCCGGUCCACCAUCCAUCACUGGAGGAGCAGCCCUCCUACAAAGAUAAUCAGAAAACUAAGGAAAAUAACCAACUUAUUUUACCCACUAAAGAUGACGACAACUUUUCAGAUAAGAACAAGGAACAUAGAUUUUUCAUCACAGACUCUGAUGCUUCCGGAGGAGAUUUUUGGAGAGAAAGAGCAGGUGAACACACACAAGAAACAAAUUCACCUCAUUCACUCAAAAAAGAUGUAGAAAAUAUGGGAAAAGAAGAACUUCAGAAGGUUUUAUUUGAACAAAUAGAUUUACGGAGACGACUAGAACAAGAAUUCCAAGUGUUGAAAGGAAAUACGUCUUUCCCAGUAUUCAAUAAUUUUCAGGAUCAGAUGAAAAGGGAACUAGCCUACCGGGAAGAAAUGGUGCAGCAGUUACAAAUUAUUCCUUAUGCAGCCAGCUUGAUCAGGAAAGAAAAGCUUGGCGCUCACCUCAGCAAAAGCUAAAAGGUGCACAGAACUACUUACUCUUGAUCUCUUGUAAGAUACAGCCUGCCACUGAGCACUCUGACCCACAAAAGACUGCAGAUUGAAAGGGCUUGGGAAUCAAAUACAAAAUCAGGUUCAGGAGAACCCAAGGACAAGUGACCUCAAAGCUGAAUGGACAACCCUGUAAGAUAGACCAUAGUGGCCAUUCAUUAGUGGGGGGAGGGGGGAGCUAACCAGAGCAGUCAGUGCUUGUCACAUCUUUGGGUGGAACCAAAGUUUGAGUCUUUGUGAUUUUUAAAAGCCAACUGGACCCAGAACCAGCCAUGGUGGAAAAUUCAAGGAUGGUACCAAGUGCUGUCUGUUCUGCACCUUUGGAGAGAACAGUUCUACAAGAUUUCUUUUGCGUUUGAAGAGUUUAUUCUUGGUGUAAAGGAAACAUAAGACCUGUCCUCGGAGUGGGUGAUACAUUUCAACAGCUAAGAUGGCAUCUGCUGUACAAAUCUGCUUUUUGUAGCAAACUGGAUAGACUUAACAUGUGGCCCCUUCCUCUCUGGUACUUUGCCUGCUGAAUGAAUGAAGAUUGUAUUCCUCUGGAAAUAUUUUACAGUUUAAUAUUGAGUGUAAUUAAGAAUAUAAUCAUGUUAUCAAAAAUGGUAUUUAACUCUGUUGUAGUUUCUUUAACAUUCAUGUGGAUAAAAAGUCUAUAAUAAAAAAUGCUAUGAAGUAAUAGUUGUGUUCAUGUAGUUAAAUGCACAUUUGCUUGGGGGCAGUGAAUAGAAGUUACUACUUUUUAGAAUUAUUUUGGCAUAAAAUAUUUGAAUAAAUUAUUUUUGAAAACUGAAUUCCUCCAAAAAAUGAUUAUUAAAGUCUAGAUUUGAUUUGGGAGAUAGUCCACCCAUUAUACCAUGAAGCCUUGGACUCAGGUCUGGCCAGGGCCACCGUAAGAAGCACUGUGUGUGCCACUAGAGGAAUUUCAGGGAUGACGGAGUGGUGCUAGAGUAUCUUUUAUCUCUAUGUCUGUCUCUCCUUCUCUUUUUCUUCUCCUCCUUCUCCUCUCCUCUCUUCUCUAUCUCUCUAAAAAAAAAAAAAAGACAAAAAUGAAACAGUUGGGUCAAGGAUGACACUAAGUGGUACAUGAUGUUCAGGGUCCUGGGUUCAUUCCCUGGUUUACAUUUAAAAAUAAAAUAAUAAUAAAGUCUAGAUCAACUUUUGACCA